AGCUCUUUUUCUUGAUCAGCAUUGAACCUAUAUAUCCGAGAUGGUACUAAUAUAUUGUGAUCAAUAUAUAUAUAGUUUGAUCGCGUUCGUUUAGAUUCGCUCCUUUGUUUCCCAGUAAACUAUAUGUAUAGCUAGCUAGGGAGAUCGUGCAGCUAAAAUGGCAGCGGAAGACGGAAAGAAAGAGAAAGAAAAAGAUGGAAAGAAAGAGAUCAAAGAAAAAGUGGAGGAAGUGAUCAACGCUGUUUACAGAGUUAACCUACAUUGCCAGCAAUGUGCACGCGAUAUCAGUAAGCCUCUUAUGCGCACACAAGGAGUUCACGCUGUGGAUGCUGACUUCGAGAAGGGUGAAAUAAAGGUUAAAGGAGUGAUCGACCCAAUUAAAAUGCAGAAACGAAUAGAGAAACUGAGCAAGAAAAAGGUUGUGUUGGUAUCACCCAUAGUGAAGCCCAAGGAAAGUGUUACAAUCGAGAAGAAAGUGAAAGAACCAAUUAUGCGCACAACAUCGGUGAAAGUUCACAUGCACUGCGACAAAUGUGAGCAGGACUUGAAGAAGAGGCUGCUCAUGCACAAAGGUAUUCACAGUGUUAAGACUGACAUGAAAGCACAAACUCUGACAGUUGGAGGAACCAUUGAGCCUGAUAAUCUACUAUCCUACUUGAAAAAGAAGGUGAACAAACUUGCAGAAAUUAUAACCUCAAAACAAGUUGAGAAAAAGGAGGAGAAAAAAGACAAGGAUGAUCAGAAACCCACCGAGAAAGCCGGUGAUGGUAAACCCAAAGAGAAACCCACCGAGAAAGCCGGUGAUGGUAAACCCAAAGAGAAACCCACCGAGAAAGCCGGUGAUGGUAAACCCAAAGAGAAACCCACCGAGAAAUCCGGUGAUGGUAACCCCAGUAAUACUGAAUCAACGAAGAUUAUAGAAGUUUAUAAGGAAGCUGAUCAGACAAAGGUUGUGGAGGUUAAAGCUAAGGAGGGCAAUGCUCCAUAUUUUAUACAUUAUGUCUACGCUCCUCAAUUGUUUAGUGAUGAAAAUCCAAAUGCUUGUUCUGUAAUGUAGAUGGAUAAUGAUGAUCAUAUAUAUAUAUAUAGUGCUGGAAAGAGUACUAACUGGGUGAUAUCGAUACUGUUGUUUUUAUCCGGAAAAGAGGGCUAUAUCCCGAUUUUAUAUAAUUUAUGCUCUCACUUGUAGAUCAGAUGAAACCGAAACAGUACCUUCUUACAAAAGAGUUGGCCAAUGAUAUUUAAAAGCUGUAUAGUAGUACUAGUACUGAUCUAGCUUGUCACUUUAUUGGGGAUUCUUCCCAAUAGUAAUUUCCGAUGCAAUUAAUGAAAUA